UGAAAUAUUUGAAUAAAUGGAUAGUGUUCUCAUAGAAAAAGCUGUUUUGAUCAUGUCGACCACGGCUAAUAGCCCCGUGGAUGUAAAUGCGAUUGAGGUAGAAUCCGUCCACCCUUCCACCACAUCGCCUGUCCGUGGUCAAGUUGUCCAUCACCGGGUUCCAAGUUCGAGGUCGAGCUAUUCCCAAGAUUCGGCUGAAACCUCCUCCAUCGAAAUCGAGUAUGCCACCUUGCCGUUGCCCCCACUCUUUAAUUCCAAACGUGGCGAGUUCUUGCUCAUGUCUGCGCUGGGAUUUAUGCUUAUAUUUGCCACUCGUAUCACGCCCUUACCGUCCCUCAUCAUUUUGAAUCCAAAUGGGGAAUCGAAGACCGGCCACGAAACUGAAAUCCAAUCGUGGGCCGCACUCGCAGAAACCUCCUUGGGCAACCCCAAGCCAUUAGACCUCGGCAUAAUUGGUGCAUUUUUUAUAGGCUACCUUUUCCUUCAGAUCCCUGGGGGUUAUUUUGCUGGAAGAGGCCGAGGUCAUACGGUCUUCCUGCUCUCGCUUUUGGGGGUAGGGUUGUGCCACUUGUGUUCCCCCUUCGCCGCUACGCUCGGACGACACCCCUUGUGGAUCAUACGUUUCAUCAAAGGCUUGUUUGAAGGGUUGUCGGUGCCUGCCAUGCACAGCCUUAUUGCUCGAUGGGCUCCCAAGCAUGAACGAAGCCGCAUGGGAGGCUUCAUUUAUGGAUCAUCAUUGAUUGGCACGAUUCUAGCUAACCUUUCUGCCACCUACUUGACGAGGGCUUUGGGCUGGCAAUCGAAUUUCUACGUGUUUGGUGGUUUGACAAUCCUCUUGUCCAUCAAAUGGUGGUUCUCAGCAUUCGACUCUCCUCGGACUCAUACCCGGAUUUCGGUUUCCGAACGUCUAGCCAUUUGGCGAGACACCAAUCCGCCCCGCAUAGAAACCCUCUUCCAAAUCCCUUGGCAAUCGAUCCUCCGUUGCAUAAGUUUCAGGAGAGUGUUGAUAUGCCACAUUGUUUAUAGCUUUGGGUUGUUUAUCAUUUGCAACGAGCUGCCCAAAUACCUUCAAGACAUUCAUCAUAACCAAAUUCUCCAGUCACCAAAUUGGGCCCUAAUUCCCUUGGGGGUCAACUUUGUAAGCGUCGUUUUUGCCGGGCAUCUGGCCGAUUUUCUUCAAAUUCAAAAUUGGCUCAGUGUGUGGAACGUUCGAAAGAUCUUUUUCGGUAUUGGAUCCUUCGGCACAUGCAUCUUCCUGUUGGCCUUUAUUCUUCUCUCUGGAAUACCUGGUUGGGUGUUACCCCUCUUCUGCUUGAUUUUGUUCACAAAUGGGUUUGCCAUGUUGGGGUUUUUCAUAACUCAUAUCGACUUGAGCACGAAAUAUGCUGGACCUCUGAUGGGAAUAUCUAACCUUUUGGCCACUCUCAUGGGUUUUGUGGCUCCGAUCUGCGUAUCCACUUUUAUGGACGGUUUCAUUGGGGACGAGUCCAAGUGGAAUGGAAUCCUUUACUUUCUGAUGUCGAUUUAUGCUCUUACUGGGAUAUACUUCAUUUAUGGAUUACAAAAUGAACCGAUGAAGAUUGGAGAGCAAAACAACUCCCCCGAUCCUGCCACUGCCCCUAGUGAACAAGAGCCUUUAAUUUCCCACAAUUAGGCUCAAGAAUCAAAUUUCUGUUCUUUAUUCCAUUGAAAAAUAUCGAAUUUCACAUUCACAUUUCACAUACCGGCAUUGAAAUAACAGAAAAAUGCGAUGUUA